AUGUCUGACAAGCCCGUCAAGAACGCCUCUGGGCGCUACGACAACGUCGACUUCAGCAAGGCGGUUGGCUACAAGUACCCGGUCAUCAAGUGCAGCUACAACCGCCGCGAUGUCCUGCUCUUUGCCAACGCCAUUGGCGUCCAGGCCGACGAGCUGCACUUUUUGUACGAGCUGCAUCCCAAGUUCGCCGCGUUCCCGACGUUCCCCAUCAACUUGGGCUUCAAGCAGACCGACCAGGACGUCUUUGACUUUGUCAAGAAGAUGAUCUCCGCGGACGUCCCUGGCGUGCCGCCCUUUGACGUCCAGAACUCGGUCGACGGCGAGCGCGGCAUCGAGAUUGUGCGCCCGCUGCCCGUGAGCUCCGACGGCCUGGACCUCGAGAUCCACCAAACGGUCCUCGGCGUCUACGACAAGGGCGGCAACAUGAUUGCCGACAACGAGUACACGCUGCUCGACGCCAAGACGGGGACCGUGUACGUCAAGAUGACGUCCAUGGCCUUUGGCAUCAAGCAGGGCGGCUACGGCGGCCCCCGCGGCCCGGCCAAGGUCCCCGUGACCAUGCCCCAGAACCGCGGACCCGACGCCGUCGCGCGCUUCCAGACCACCAAGGAGACGGCCCUGCUCUACCGCCUCUGCGGCGACUACAACCCGCUGCACGCCGACGACGCGUUUGGCCGCGGCGGCGGCUUCAAGGGCGCCAUCAUGCAGGGCCUCGGCACGUGGAACAUUGCCGCGCACGGCGUGCUGCGCGCGCUGGGCAACUCGGACCCGGCGCGCUUCAAGUCGUUUGGCGCCCGCUUCAAGAGCGUCGUCUACCCGGGCGACCAGCUGGAGACGCGCAUGUGGGUGGUGGGCAGCGAGGGCGGCUACGACAACAUUGCCUUUGAGACGGUCGUUGUCGAGGACGGCCGCGUGGCUCUGUCCAACGGCUACGCCAAGAUCAAGCAGGAGAAGAGCCGGCUGUAA